CAUUCAUGAUAGUAGAUGUCAAGGUUCUGACUUCUUACGGAAUAUAAUACGAAGAGACAAAAUGUUAUUUAUAUACAAUCUGAGCAUUAUCUGCCACAUUUUGUCGGACAAUUAUUAGAUUGAUCUGUACAUCUUUGAAUUUAUUUUUUAUUUUUGCACUAUAGGGUAUAAUGGAAGAUACGGCAACUAAUAGUGUAAAUACAACGGUUGAAAGUAACACCGAGAACGUGAAGCCUACUCCGAGAAAGGAUACAAAAGCGAAAGCACAACGAUCGAAAUCGUCGCAUCCUCCAACCUCUAAAAUGGUUACUGCUGCUAUUAAAGAAUUAAAAGAUCGUAAAGGCUCGUCGUUGCAAGCUAUUAAAAAGUAUAUCGUUGCUACUUACAAAGUUGACGGUGAAAAAGUAGCACCGUUUAUAAGACGAUAUUUAAAGACUGCAGUAUCAUCUGGUUUCGUUGUACAAACUAAAGGAAAAGGUGCAUCAGGAUCCUUUAAACUUUCAACUGAAAUCGCCAAGGCGAAACCUCAAAGAUCUAAGAAGAAAAGAGCUACGGAUAUAUCUGUGGAGAAAAAGAAUGCAGUAGCAAAUAAACCAGUCAAUAGUAACAAGAAAGCUAAAACCUCCCCAAAAAAGACCCCCGAGACUGCAAAGAAAUCUGUAGAUCAAAAGAAAGCUACUAAAGUAACGUCUCCUAAAUCUGGUGCUACUAAAGCCGGUGUUAAGACCAUUGUUAAAGCUGGUGUUAAAACUGCUGCAGCUGCUGCUAAUGCCGCUGAAAAGAAAACAAUGAAAAAGACGGCGGCACAAGCCAAAACUAUAUCAAAAACAAAGAAAACUGCAAAGGCACCAGCCGCUAAAACUAAAACUCCCAAACCGAAAAAAGCUACAACCAACAAAGCUACUGUUAAGAAAUAAUUCUUUAGACAUAAGUACGGAAAUGGUCCUUUUCAGGGCCACAAA